AUGCUGCGAGGCCCGACCUCCGGACCGCCCCUCAAGGCCGGACCCAUAGUGCCCACCCGCGCCCCUUGGCACCUGGGCGGCUCCCCGAACUCGUGGCUGCCGGGGACGCGAGCGUUCGGGGGCGCGCACACGGCAAAGCGCAUAUCCGACCGGCGCGUGUUGACGGAGUCUCCUAGCAACAGGUCUCAGCCGGAGGGCGGGCAGCCGUCAGAGGAGGAGACAGCAGGGAGCCAAGACUACGGUGCUCCGAGAUCACCACUUGGGAGCAGCGACUGGACCGACGCAGAAGCUGGAGGUGCCAUCCAGCCUUCUGAAGGGGCUGAGACAGCCCAGCGGGAAGGCAAGGAGGAUGGAGAAGCUGUGAGGGAUGCAGAAGCGUACAGGGAUGGAGGCGUUGAGGGUGAUCGCGGUGCGGAGGGCGAUGAAGGCGCAGAGGGCCAUGGAGGCGCGGAGGGCGAUGGAGGCCUGGAGGGCGAUGGAGGCGCGGAGGGCGAUGGAGGCGCGGAGGGCGAUGGAGGCGCGGAGGGCAAUGGAGGCCUGGAGGGCGAUGGAGGCCUGGAGGGCGAUGGAGGCGCGGAGGGCGAUGGAGGCGCGGAGGGCAAUGGAGGCCCUCAAGAAGAUGAAGGCACGACAGGAGGUGGAGGCGCAGAGGCGGAGGAGUAUGAAGGUGCGGAGGUGGGCAGCCAAGGUCCCGAGGACUGGAAGGCCCGCCUGGACAGGGAGUGGGAGUCGGAGGAAGAAUUCUUUUCGGACAUGGAAGCACAGUCCCCAGAGGGGCAGGUCAGCUCUGUGGACACAGCCUUCUCAGACACCAGUCUCCAGGAUGACGUGGGCCCCCCGGAGCUGGCCCAGGGCACGGGCAGGGGCGCCGACCUGGAGGGUCCCUCGGAGCCGCAGACACCAAGCAGUCUCCCCAUGGAGCCGCCCCAGCAAGCCGUGGGCCGGGCGUCAUCGGAGCCCGUGGUCAGCAGGCCGGUGGGAGGGGGCAAGGUCCGUAGCGAGAAGCGGGGGAGGAUUGCUUCAGCAUCCGACGGUCCCCGGUGGAUGAACCUCCGGCUGAGCCGGGAGAGCAGCAUCCUGUCCUCAGACCUGGGCGGGCCCGGCACAGAGGAGCCAGGGGUGUCUCCGGAGGUGCCCCUGGGCAGCUUUCUGGACAGGAUCCAACAGCCACCCUCAGAGGAAGGGGCCUCCGGGGACAGAGGCGAGUCGCACAGCAGUGGCGAGGCUGAUGGUGACACAACUCAGCUGGUGGUUUUGGAUCCAAACCAUCCCCUGAUGGAGAGAUUCCAGAGCGCCCUGAAGAGCUACCUCAACCGGCAGAUCGAGAAGCUGAAACUCGACGUGAAGGAGCUGGACGUGGCCAACAAGCAGAGCCGCGCACAGAGGCAGGAGCUGGGCGUGAACCUGUACCGCGUGCAGCAGCACCUGGCCCGCCUGCAGACGCAACUGGAGAAGAGCCACGACCGCUACUCGCUGAUCGCGUGCGCCCGGCGGCAGAAGGAGGAGGAGCUGCAGGACGCGCGCGCGCUCUACACGCGAACCUGCGCGACCGCCGGCCAGGAGCGCAAGAAGCUGGCGACCCUCCAGACGGAGAUGGAGAACCUGGCCCUGCACCUGUUCUACAUGCAGAAUGUCGACCAGGACGUGCGGGAUGACAUUUGCGUGAUGAAGCAGGUGGUGAAGAAGGCAGAGACAGAGAGGAUGCGGGCGGAGAUGGAGAAGAAGAAGCAGGACCUGUUCGUGGACCAGCUCACCACGCGGGCCAAACAGCUGGAAGAGAACAUCGCCCUGUUCGAGGCUCAGUAUGCUGCCCAGGCAGAGGACACCCGGGUGCUGCGAAGUGCAGUGAGCAAGGCCUCCAUGGAGAUUGAGACCAUCAGCCUGGAGAAGAAGCGCAUCCUACGGCAAUGGGCCAGCAGCCUGGUGAGCAUGCGACACCGCGACGAGGAGCACCUGGCCAUCCUGGAGGCGCUCAGGGAGUGCCAGCACCAUGCCAAGUCGGUGGACGGUGAGGUAGAGGCCUACAAGAAGUCCAUUGUCCAGGAGGAAGAGCGGAAUGAGAAGCUGGCCCGCAUCUUGACGCGCGUGGAGACAGAGGCCAGCCUGAUGCAGAAGCUCACGGCGCAGUGCCUGGCCAGGCAGGAGGCCCUACACAGCGAGUUCAACACCUACAGGCUCACCCUGCAGGACACGGAGGACGCCCUGGCCAAGGGCCACCAGGAGCACUCGGCAGUCAUGGAGGAGCUGCAGGCUGUGCGCCUGGGCGUCCGGCAGGAGCUGGAGCUGAAGCGCAGCCUAGAUGCCUCCAUGCUGGAGAAGCUGCAGGAGCACAUGACGUCCAACAAGAUGACCAAGUACUUCAGCCAGCUCCUGCGGCGCCUGCAGAAGGAGAAGACCAACAUGGUGACACAUCUCUCCAAAAUCGACGGGGACAUCGCCCAGACCACUCUGGACAUCACCAACACCAGUUGCAGGCUGGACUCGCACCGCAAGGCGCUGGCCGAUCUGGACAAGGAGGUGAAAAAGGCGAAUGAGCUCAUCACCAACAGCGAGAACGAGAUCUCCCGGCGUACCAUUCUGAUCGAGAGGAAGCAGGGACUCAUCAACUUCUUCAACAAGCAGCUGGAGCAGACCGUGUCGGAGCUGGGGGGGGAAGAAAUGGGGCCCCUGGAACUGGAGCUGAAGAGGCUGAGGAAGCUGCUGCAGGAGCAGGGAGCCCAGCUGGUGCAGGCCCAGGGCACAUGGCUGCGGCUGCAGCAAGAGAUGGUGAAGGCCACGCAGGAGCGCGAGGAGCAGCUGGCAUUGCUGGACACGGUCAAGAAGGAGAUGCACAUCCUGGAGCAGAAGAAGCUGCGCACAGAGAGCAAGAUUGACCAGGAGAAGAAGGAGCAAAAGGAGAUAGAGCGCCACCUGCGGGACCUGGACCACGACCUGAAGAAGCUCAACGUGCUAAACAGCCAGAACCGCAGCAGCUCGGAGGAGCUGCAGCACGGCAACCUGGUGGCUCAGAACGAGUUCGUGCGCGAGCUCAAGGACUUGGAGCGUGAGACCAUCGAGUUGCAGGAGAAGCUGAGCCAGCUCACCGAGGAGAAGGCGGCCAUCCUGAGGGACCUGGUGGAAGCCGAACACCAGAUGAUGGUCUGGGAGAAGAGAAUCCAGCUGGCCCGAGAGAUGCGUGCCUCAGUGGACUCGGAGAUGGGUCAGACAGAGAUGUGUGCCAUGAAGGCGGAGAUUCAUCGCAUGAAGGUCCGGCUCGGGCAGCUGCUGAAACAGCAGGAGAAGAUGAUCCACGCCAUGGAGGCAGCUGUGAGCCACAGAGAGACCAUCACCACCCGCGCGGAGAGCCAGGCCAAGGCCGACAACAAGCUACUCACCCGUACGGACUUCCACCACCGGCAGGCGGAGCUGCGUCGCAAGAUCAGGGACACACACAAGGCCUCUGAGGAGUGCAGCAACACCAUCCUGGAGCUAGAGGGCACGCAGAAGCAGCUGAGCAGCUCGCUCCUGCAGAAGCAGCAGCAGCUGUCCACCAUACAGGCUGAGCUGGACACGCUCGAGGCUGACCUGGAGGCGCUCACGGUCCUCAAAAGACAGAACCUGCUGGACAUCGUGGCGCUGCAGACGUGCCUCAAGCACCUGCAGGCCGUGAAGGACGGGCGGUACGUGUUUCUGUGCCGCUCCCCAUCGGCCUUGCAGCUGGAGCGCCGGCGGCUGGAUGACCGGCUGGCCCAGCUGGCCACCGUGCUGGCCCACGUGCAGUCCGAGUUCCCUCAGUUCCAGGAGGCCCUGCACAAGGUCAGCCAGAAGGUCUCCAGCCAGCUCCGGUCCCUGGGGCCCACCUAGAUUGCGGCCAGACAGAACGAGAUCUCCACCUGCUCUUCACAACAGCACGGCCCAGGCUCAGCACUGGGGGGCUGCCUUAGUUUGCAGCGUGAGACCCUGGGCGCCCACUGCCCUUGCUGGCCACUGACGACCCUUCCUUCCUUUGGCAAAGCCCCACUGGCCCAGACAGAGAAGAUGCGACCCCGCAGGAGUUGGGUUUGAGGGGAUCACAGGCUGACUGUGCCUAGAACCCAACCACAGUGUGGUAGGGGGGCCCCAAGGGAGGAAAGUCCCCUGGUCACCCCGUCUCCAGGCAGGGCUGGCAGGGCA